AUGCGGCACACCACAGUCAAUACAAGGAACGAUGCGAUGCGGCACACCACAGUCAAUACUAGGAACGAUGCGAUGCGGCACACCACAGUCAAUACAAGGACCGAAGCGAUGCGGCACACCACAGUCAAUACAAGGACCGAAGCGAUGCGGCACACCACAGUCAAUACAAGGAACGAUGCGAUGCGGCACACCACAGUCAAUAUAAGGACCGAAGCGAUGCGGCACACCACAGUCAAUACAAGGACCGAAGCGAUGCGGCACACCACAGUCAAUACAAGGAACGAUGCGAUGCGGCACACCACAGUCAAUAUAAGGACCGAAGCGAUGCGGCACACCACAGUCAAUACAAGGACCGAAGCGAUGCGGCACACCACAGUCAAUACAAGGACCGAAGCGAUGCGGCACACCACAGUCAAUACAAGGACCGAUGCGAUGCGGCACACCACAGUCAAUACAAGGAACGAUGCGAUGCGGCACACCACAGUCAAUACAAGGAACGAUGCGAUGCGGCACACCACAGUCAAUACAAGGACCGAUGCGAUGCGGCACACCACAGUCAAUACAAUGACCGAUGCGAUGCGGCACACCACAGUCAAUACAAGGACCGAUGCGAUGCGGCACACCACAGUCAAUACAAGGAACGAUGCGAUGCGGCACACCACAGUCAAUACAAGGACCGAUGCGAUGCGGCACACCACAGUCAAUACAAGGACCGAUGCGAUGCGGCACACCACAGUCAAUACAAGGAACGAUGCGAUGCGGCACACCACAGUCAAUACAAGGAACGAUGCGAUGCGGCACACCUCAGUCAAUACAUGGACCGAUGCGAUGCGGCACACCACAGUCAAUACAAGGAACGAUGUGUAA